AUGAAAGAUAAUAAGCGUUCCUACUCCCUCGAGGGGAGCCGCGGUUCUCAUGGAGUGACCCCAAACAAUGGCGACACUGACCCGGUGGUAUCCACUAUCCAGUCAGUACUCAGUAGAUGCACAACUGAUGAGCGGGCCUUCAUCCACACCAUCACGAGCCAGAUCCAGACCAUCAUCGGCAUCUCGCUGCUGGAGGUGCUGUCGAAGCACUCCUCCGACGAGCUCUACCUGGGGCAGCGCGACACGCCGGAGUGGACCUCCGACCCCAAGGCGCUGGAGGUGUUCAAGCGGUUCAGCGAGCGGCUGGUGGAGAUCGAGAGCAAGGUGGUGGGCAUGAACCACGACCCGCAGCUCUUGAACCGCAACGGCCCGGCUAAGUUUCCCUACAUGCUGCUCUACCCUAACACCUCCGACCACAAGGGUGCCGCCGCCGGCCUCACCGCCAAGGGCAUCCCCAACAGCAUCUCCAUCUGAGCAUGGUAAAUCGGAGCUUCGUCUCGUCUGACGCCAACCACAAGAGAUUCGUAUGAAUAUUUUUUUCUUUUUUCUUUUCCUCUCUAUACUUGAUUCACUCACUUAGAUGUGCAAUAACUAGAGCACAUCUAGAUGUGCCCUAGACACACCCAAUAAGAAAUAAAAGAAAAUCCCUCGUGAUUGCAAUUAAUCGUUCCUAAUCUCACGCAGAACCCCG